AAUGGUGCGCCACAAUAACCAGCUGCCGGACAAUUUGCCGCAACUGCAAAACCUCAUCAAGCGCGAUCCGGAUUCGUAUCGGGAUGAGUUUUUGCAGCAGUAUCACCACUUCCACAGCGUGCUCGACAUCUUUCGCCUGGAACCGGACAAGGAAAACAAAAACCUUUGCGAGUCGAUCAUGUUCCUGGCACAGGUGGCACAGUGCUAUCUGGAAGAGUUGAAAACUUUUCCACAAACGCUGGUGGAUCUUCUGAAAACCCACUCAACCACGCUCGAUCCGGAGAUGCGGAACACAUUCUGCCGGGCGCUAAUAUUGCUGCGAAAUAAGAACCUGAUUUCGCCGCUCGAUCUACUGGAAUUGUUCUUUCAGCUGUUACGUUGCCCGGACAAAGCAUUACGUACUUUCCUGGAGAAUCACAUCAUAAAUGAUAUCAAAAACAUGAACGCAAAGCAGAAGGACAUGAAGCUGAACUCUACGCUGCAAAACUUCAUGUACACCAUGCUGCGGGAUACGAACCCAAAGGCGGCUAAAAUGUCGGUUGACAUCAUGAUCGAGCUGUACCGGAAGCAGGUUUGGAACGAUGCCAAAACGGUAAACGUGAUAGCGAACGUUGGUUGCUUUUCGAAGAUCACGAAGGUGGCGGUGGCGUCAUUGAAAUUUUUCCUGGGAACCGAUCAGCAGGACGAGGACGAUGACGAGGAGGACAGCGAUCGCGAAGUGGACCUGAAGGGUAUCAUGAUGGCAGCCAAGGUGAACAAAAAAACUAAGAAGCGCAAGAAGAAGGUGGAAGCGGCCAAAAAGUUGUACACGCAGACCCAAAAGAAGAAGAAAAAGCCGGUGGCGUUCAACUUCUCCGCUAUUCACCUGAUUCACAACCCGCAAGGAAUGGCGGAAAAUUUGUUCAAACAGUUGCAGGAUGGGAAUGAACGAUUUGAAGUGAAAUUGAUGCAUCUGGAUGUAAUUUCGCGUUUGAUCGGUAUUCACGAGUUGUUCCUGUUCAGCUUCUAUCCGUAUAUAGCUCGAUUUAUUCAACCACAUCAACGACAGGUUACUCGUAUACUUCAGUUUGCCGCGCAGGCAUCUCACGAACUAAUCCCGCCGGAAAUCAUCGAACCGGUGAUAAAAACGUUGGUAAACAAUUUCGUCACCGAGCGCAACUCGAGCGAUGUCAUGGCGAUCGGGCUGAACGCGGUCCGUGAAAUUUGCGUCCGAUGUCCGCUUGCGAUGAAUGAAGACUUGCUGCGCGAUUUAACGAUGUACAAAAAUUACAAGGAAAAGUCGGUCAUGAUGGCAUCGAAGGCGUUGAUAAUGUUGUACCGCGAACAAAUGCCCACGAUGCUGACGAAGAAGGAUCGUGGCCGACCGACGGAAGCGAGUGUGGAGGUUAAGCCGAAGCGUUACGGUGAGAUCGUUGCAGCUGAUUACAUCCCCGGUACGGAAGCAUUGUUGCGGGAAGAUGCACCGGAACUGGAAGAAGAGGAAGGUUCGGCAGGAGAUGAAUCGGAUGGGGACUGGGUGGAUGUGGACAGCAGUGAGGAUGAAACGGAUGCCGAAGAUGAGGAGAGUGAUGAGGAUGAGGACGUGGAUGAUGAGGAUGAGGAUGAGUGGGAAGAGUGCAGUGAAGAAGAAGAGGUUGAAGAAGAGAAUGACACGGAACAAACGGCCAAAAAUGGCGAACAAACACUUAAUACGGCGGAAGCCAUGCAGGAGCUGGCGUUGACCAAAAUCUUUACCGAUGCCGACUUUGCACGCAUCGAGCAGGAGCGUGUGAAGAAGCAGCUUACGCAUCACAGCCGCAAACGUCAGCUGGAAACGGAGCGCAGCGAGUUUGUAAAGCUGGACGCAAUCGAGAUGAUCUACAAGCGGCGCAAGGCGGACAAGCAGGCACGCGUGGAGAGCAUGCAACAGGGUCGUGAAGAUCGGGAAAAGUUUGGCUACAAGGAUAAUCGGUUGAAUCCCCACUGUUCCAAGACGAACCGUGAAAAGCAGAAGAAUAAGAACUUCUCGAUGAUACGCCACAAGGUGCGAGGCAAGGUAAAGAAGUCGUUCCGCGACAAACAGGUAGCGCUGAGGAAACAUUUGUUGCAUGUCAAGAAGAUGAAAUAA